AUGAGUCAAGACAACCAAGAACAGUCUGUUUCUUCUAAAGAGAGUACUAGUAAAUCCAAAACAGUAUUUACUAUGCCUGGAAAUCGUCCUGGAAUCCAAGCAGUCCACGUGAAUGCAGCACGAGAAAUGGUGCGAUUACAUACGCAAGGCAGACGUCCUCCAUCUUCCACCACUGCAUCCACCGCUGUCAAGGGACCAGUACCUCCACUUCCAUCAACUGCUUCUAGUUUUCCCGGUGCUAGCCCACAUCCACAUGUAUCUAUUCCUGAGGGCUGCAAGAAUCCACAAUGCACCCAUUGUGGGAAGGUAAUUAUUCCUGCACCACAAUCAUCAUAUCCUAUUCAAGACACACCUGCCAUCGCAGUCAAAAACUGGAAAAUAUACACUAUCAAAAAGCCGAUUCUUAACUCGACAGAGUUGGAAGACUUGGAGGCAAGAUUCCAUUUCCCAUUGCCAGAAAUGAUAUUUGGGAAUUCCCGAGUGAAAAUUGUCAACGAGGUCAGUGGUGAGAGUAUUGAGUUUAAUGCCCUUGACGCAUUGGAUUCCUUGGAUAGCGAGAGUCAUUUGAAAGUGAGUUAUCAUAAGGAAUGGCUUGAUUCUAGAAGGAGCGAACGAGAGAAGAAGGAAAAGGAGGAACGGGGUGAGGUUGAACUGAGGGAUCUUCGCGAGUUUACCGACAAGUUGGACACUAUAGAGCCAUAUGAUUGGACUUAUUCUCCUAAUUAUAAAGGAACGACCAAUAUUAAGUUUAGUGAGAGUAGUCAAGAAAUACCAAUACACAGAUUGACCCAGCCUGACCCCAUUCUCUUCUUUGAUGAGGCAGUUUUAUUUGAAGAUGAAUUGGCAGAUAAUGGGAUUUCUAUAUUGAAUUAUAAAAUAAGAGUGAUGCCAACAUGUUUGCUCUUGCUUUGUCGAUUCUAUUUGCGAAUUGACAAUGUCAUUUUCAGAAUCAGAGACACGAGAGUAUUUGUUGAUUUUGAUCAGGAUUUGGUCAUUAGAGAUUAUCGACAACAAGAGUAUGAAUAUCUGGAAUUAUUAAAAUCUGUACAACGGAAAAGCAUUGGCAAUGAUCCAAAGAAGUUGUUUAGGGACCAUGAUUGGGUAAGCAAGAAUAUUCCUACUAUUAAUAAGGUCGUUGAAUCAAAUCAAUAA